GAAGAGAAUUCUUUAACAGUAUACCGAAAUGGCAACUGGUGAUGAGAGACGCGUUGCAUUAAUUACGGGUAUUACCGGUCAAGAUGGUUCCUAUUUAGCUGAAUUUUUAUUAGAAAAAGGAUAUGAUGUGCAUGGCAUAAUUAGAAGAGCUAGUUCUUUUAAUACAGCUCGAAUUCAGCACCUUUAUGCAGAUCCAAAAUGUCAUCGUCAGGGCAAAAUGAAAUUACAUUAUGGUGAUAUGACAGAUUCCAGUAGUCUAGUUAAAGUAAUUAGUUCUGUGCAACCGACUGAAAUUUAUAAUCUUGCUGCUCAAAGUCAUGUUAUGGUAAGUUUUGAAGUAAGUGAGUAUACUGCUGAAGUAGAUGCAGUAGGAACAGUUAGAUUAUUAGAUGCAAUACGUACAUGUGGCCUUGAGAAAUCUGUAAAAUUUUAUCAUGCAUCAACAUCUGAACUUUAUGGCAGGGUAACACAAGUGCCUCAAAAUGAAAAGACUCCAUUUUAUCCUCGUUCUCCAUAUGCUUGUGCAAAAUUAUAUAGUUUUUGGAUAGUGGUAAACUAUAGGGAAGCAUAUAAUAUGUUUGCAUGUAAUGGUAUAUUGUUCAAUCAUGAAAGUCCUCGUAGAGGAGAAAAUUUUGUUACCAGAAAGGUAACAAGAUCUAUAGCAAAGAUACAAUUAGGUUUACAAGAUGUUCUUGAAUUAGGAAAUUUAGAUGCUAAACGUGAUUGGGGACAUGCAAGAGAUUAUGUUGAGGCAAUGUGGUUGAUGCUACAACAACCAAUCCCAGAUGAUUAUGUUAUAGCAACAGGAGAAACACACAGUGUUAGGGAAUUUGUAGAAGCAGCAUUUCAAUAUGUAGGUCGCACAAUUAAAUGGGAAGGUGAAGGUGUAAAUGAAAUAGGACAGGAUGCACAAACAGGACAGUUAUUAGUUAAAGUAAAUCCUAAGUAUUUCCGCCCAACAGAAGUAGAUUUACUUUUGGGUGAUGCUACUAAAGCAAGGGAAAAAAUAGGGUGGACACCUAUAGUUACGUUCGAGGCCCUUGUAAAAGAUAUGAUGGAUUUCGAUUUGGAACUAAUGAGAAAAAAUCCAAAUGCUUAG